UGUUCGACCAAUUGACUUAGUUAGUCUACGUUGAUACUUCAGUCAAAUGUCACUGCCUUGAAACUUAAUUAAACAUUGACGUGGGACGCAAAUUAAGAGCAAAACCCUCGCAUUUUAGUAUUACAUCUCCAGAAAGGUCGACAGGCGACAGACAUGGAAAACAAUACUAACGGCACUACCGCAAAUGCAACCCGGUCCGAAAGUGACAUGGAUCCGAAGUGGAUUGGCAUUUUAGAAGCCUCGGUCUUAUUUUGCAUCAUGUUGCUCGCAAUCAUUGGGAAUUUUCUUGUUAUCGCAGUGGUUUAUCGCCGACGGGAGUUGCGCCGUACAGAAACUCAUAUGUUUAUCGUAAAUUUAAGCUUGACAGAUAUCUUCGUCGCCCUCUUGUGCAUGCCUUUCUCCUUGAUAACUGCAGUGACGCAAGAGUGGAUCUUUAGCUACUCGCUUUGUCAGUUAAACGGUUUUCUGAAUGUGUUCUUUCUACUCACUUCAAUAUUAACCCUAACGGCUAUUAGCAUUCACAAGUACAUCGGAGUAGUCCAACCUACUCAAAGAAAAAUAUUCACCAGAAAGACGACACUAAUUGCAGUUGCCUGGGUUUGGCUGCAAGCACUUCUGACGGCGCUUACACCGAUUCUCGGUUGGAACAGCUACGAGUAUAUUCAAGGGCGAACACAGUGCUCUGUCAAAGUCCCUCGUGAAAACAAACUCAGUGAGUUAACAAACUGUCUGUUCAUUAUCAUUUGCGGCUUUGUAAUUCCGCUCGCAAUAAUGAAUUUCUCGUACUUUAAAAUUUUCCGAACCGUGAAGAUUCAUACGAAACGCGUACGAAGUCAUUCCUUUGGCGAGGAAAAAUCAGCCUUCUUGAACGAGAGACGCAUUACAGUAACGCUGUUUAUAAUACUUGCUGUAUUCCUUGCCUGCUGGACUCCAUUCUCUGUUCUUACGAUUUACGCCACUCUAGUGGGGCAUGAGCUGCCAAAAUAUUAUUCCGUCGCCGCCUACUGGAUGGGUUUUUUGAAUUCUGCGAUGAAUCCUUUGAUAUACGCGCUCCGCACGAAAGAAUUCCGCCAAGGCUACCAACAAAUCCUUAGCAUAUUGCUUCCUUGCUGCUUGGCCAAGGCAACUUCGAAAGAAAACGAUUCUAUAGCUGUUCUGAGAGGAAGAAGGAGCCUGAAGAGUGAAGUACUGACGUUCAAACGAAGACGUGCAGGUACAGAAAGUGAAAAUCAGUUCGAUGAGAUACCCGAUGUUGCUGUAAAUGGAAUUACUAAGGCGUUGGAACGAAUAAACACGCUCGCAGAAGUUUUGGCUGACGAGAGUGAUGGCGCUAAAUGCAAAACAGAAAGCGAAUUUACCAUUAGAAGCAAAGAAAUGCCUGGAAUUCACGAAAGUUGUUAUUCUGCUCAAGAUCUAUUGAUUGCUCAGGAUAAUCCAGAGAAAAUUCGAGAUGGAGAUUCUCUAAAUAGCGACGAAACAAAAAAGAACGGAAUUCCUGGAAGUAAUGAAGCAUCUUACGUUGACUUAUCUCCAACAAGAGAAAGAAAGUUUCUUUGGAAUUCUACAGAUUUUCUUUGGGAGAAAGCCUCUAACAAGAACUCUAAAGAGGACGUGAAAAGUCGACGCAAAAGCUUUUCAUUUUUACCCGUAAGUCAGCAAAAACAAAAACUCAAGAGUCGUCAUCUGUAUCGCUCAAAAAGCGACUGCAGCGUGCAUUUCCAGACGCUUAAUGGCGAAAGAAGUUCUUUAAGUCCUCAAGGUAAAUACAUAUCCUUAGCUACAGGAAAAUCUGAUGUAUUUGAAUAACAUUUCCCUAAUGGAUGUAUAGAGAAGUCCUUUAUAAAUACUGCUGCCUUGAUUACCAGCAAGUUACAAAGCCAAGGACUGUUACUAGGAUUUCAAGGAUAUCAACUGCUUAAGACGGAAACACGCAUACUAAAGAAUUAUGCGAGCAGUGGAUAAGACUAUUUUGGCGGCAUAUAUACGGAAAAAAUGUGAUUAAUUCGCUCCACUUAUGCACGAACAAACAAUUGUAAAUUGUAAGAAUUAGUUUUGGUAAAAUGAAAUGUGUUUUGUUUCGAAGGAUUUCGAAGGGCUGCUACGUCAAAACAUACGAUAUGUUUACACUAGAGAAUUUUCGCCUCGAGUUAUUCUUUGUAUUUUUAGAACAGUUGCUGAAUUGUUUUGCGCUUGAGUUUUUAUAUGAGCUAUGACGUCGAAUCAAAAUAAAAGCUUUUUAAGAAGUGGGUAGUCUAUGUAAACAUAUCUUUGUCAUUGUUCCAAUAUUCAACUUUCAUUGUAAUCAGAAAUUUUUACACAAUACAAUGUUUUUGUAUGAACCC